AUUAUACAAUUAUUCAUUUUUUUUUUAUAAUAUUUUAAAAUAGAUAUCUAUAAAAUGGCUGAUGAUCAAAUGGAUGUUUCAAAAUCCAGUGAAUGUGAAUCAACAAACUAUACAAAUUGCUCUCACAUUGUUAAAGUAUUUGAAGUCCUACAAUCUUUACGCAAAAAUGAAGCUUUGUGUGAUAUUACAUUGAAAACGGAUGAUGGUACAACAAUAUUUGGACAUAGGAUUGUAUUAAUGUCUGCUAGUCAAUAUUUCCUGGCUAUGUUCAGUAAUUUUAAUGAAAGCAAAAAAGAUGUUGUUAGUAUAAAAGAGUUAGAUUCAACCGUUUUACAACUGUUGGUGGAUUAUAUUUACACUGGCCAAAUCAUGAUAAACAAAGAAAAUGUAGAGGUAUUGUUACCAACAGCAAAUCUAUUUCAGUUAGACUUUGUAAAAAGUGCGUGUAUUGAGUUUUUAGAAACACAAUUAGAUCCUCAAAAUUGCCUUGGUAUUGGAGCAUUUGCUGACUUACAUAAUUGUUUGGAAUUGUUGUCAAGUUCUGAAGCAUACAUUAGAAAAAACUUUUUAGAUGUGGUUAAAGGUAAUGAAUUUCUAUCUUUAUCUACUGAAAAAGUGAUUGAGCUUAUCUCCAGCAAUGUUCUUAAUGCCCCAUCUGAAGAAAAAGUAUAUGAAUGUGUUAUUAAUUGGGUAAAACACAAAUUAAAUGAUAGAUAUGAUAGUUUGCCUAAAUUAAUGGAACAUGUGCGGUUGCCAUUAAUAUCCUUAAAAUACAUAUCAACUAAUGUAGUUGUGGAACCUCUUCUUAAAAACAGUUCUAAAUGUAAAGAUUAUAUAAUAGAAGCUUUUCAAUUGCAUGCACUUAAGACACAACAGCUUAUAACUAUUCCACAAACUAUUCGAAAUACACCUAGAAAGUCUGGACAAAAGGUUAUUCUGGUGUUCAGUCAAUAUUGUGAUAAAGAUUUAUUAGAAAUCUGCUGGUAUGACCCAACAACUAGCUUGAGGCAAAUUUUAACAAACAUUGGUUCGAAUGAUGAAUUUUUUUUCGGUCUAGCCUUAAUUAAAGAUAAUUUUGUGCUUGCUAUGAGUGACUCGUGUGUUUUAACGCUUGAUUUAUCUUUACAAUCCUCCAGUUUGGUACCUUUAAUUGACAUGUCAGUCGAUAGUAGAAAUUAUUUCGGAUUUGGUGUUAUAGAUGGCCGUUUGUAUGUAGUUGGCGGAGUCGGUAAAGGUUCUGAUGGAUGUUUAAAUAGUGCAGAAGUCUUUGAUAUGAAUUAUCAGGAAUGGAGAAUGAUAUCUAAUAUGGCUAAUAAGAGAUUUGAUAUGGAUGUCGGAGUACUCAAUAAUCUUUUAUAUGUGGUAGGAGGAUGUUAUGAUGAUGAUGCACAUUUGAAAUCUGUCGAAUGUUAUGAUCCCAUUCUUGACACAUGGACAUCAGUUGCUGAAAUGUCAGUAUGUCGCAGUAGUGUUGGUGUGGGAGUUAUGGAUGGUUUAAUAUAUGCUGUUGGAGGUAUAAAUGAAUCAGGAUAUCUUAAAAGUGUAGAAGUCUACAAACCAAGUUCUGGAGUUUGGACAUAUAUUGCUGAUAUGCAUUUGCCUCGAUGCAGUUGUAGUGUAUUAACAUUAGAUGGUUUGUUAUAUGUUGUGUCUGGAUACAAUGAUCUGUCAGACGAGUCGUUGGAAUCUAUAGAAAUAUACAAUCCCAACACCAAUACCUGGUCCAUGGAAAAAUUGCCGAAAAGUAACAGUGAUUUUGUUGGUGGACUAAUCGUUGAUAAAUCAGUAGUCACCAAAUUUAUAUAAUUAUUUUUCCCAUUGUUUGUAUAUUAUGGAUUAUACACAAUGAUACGUUGAUGUACAUUAUUUUGUGUUAUUUAUUAUAAACCAUUUAUUGAAAUUUUAUCAAUUUUUAAUUGUUUGAUCGAAAUAUUUUUAUAUUUUUAAACUAAUUUAUUAUGUUUGAUCAAAUUAUAGUGCUCAUUGAAGCUGAAUAUAA